CGGCUGAUCAUGCAGUAUCUGAAGGAGAACAGCCUCCACCGAGCCCUCGCCACCCUUCAGGAGGAAACUACUGUGUCCCUCAACACUGUGGACAGUAUAGAGAGCUUUGUGGCUGACAUCAACAGCGGGCAUUGGGACACUGUGCUGCAAGCUAUACAGUCGCUGAAGCUGCCCGACAAGACCCUCAUUGAUCUCUAUGAGCAGGUCGUGCUGGAGUUGAUUGAGCUCCGGGAACUGGGUGCUGCCAGGUCUCUCCUGAGACAAACAGAUCCUAUGAUCAUGUUAAAACAAACUCAGCCAGAGCGUUACAUCCACCUUGAAAACCUUCUGGCCAGAUCUUACUUUGAUCCUCGUGAGGCAUACCCAGAUGGAAGCAGCAAAGAGAAGCGGAGAGCUGCUAUUGCACAAGCUUUAGCUGGAGAAGUCAGUGUCGUUCCUCCAUCUCGUCUUAUGGCGCUAUUGGGGCAGGCACUGAAAUGGCAGCAGCAUCAGGGCCUGCUUCCUCCUGGUAUGACAAUUGACUUGUUCAGAGGCAAAGCAGCUGUGAAAGACGUAGAAGAAGAAAAGUUCCCCACACAGCUGAGCAGACAUAUUAAGUUUGGGCAGAAGUCGCAUGUGGAGUGUGCUCGGUUUUCCCCAGACGGACAGUAUCUGGUUACUGGCUCUGUUGAUGGUUUCAUUGAAGUAUGGAACUUUACUACUGGGAAGAUUAGGAAGGAUCUGAAGUACCAGGCACAAGAUAAUUUUAUGAUGAUGGAUGAUGCAGUGCUGUGCAUGUGCUUCAGCAGAGAUACAGAAAUGCUGGCAACUGGAGCACAAGAUGGAAAGAUCAAGGUGUGGAAAAUCCAGAGCGGUCAGUGUCUGAGAAGAUUUGAACGAGCACACAGUAAAGGUGUUACAUGCCUCAGUUUCUCUAAAGACAGCAGCCAAAUUCUUAGUGCUUCUUUUGAUCAGACAAUCAGGAUUCAUGGUUUAAAAUCUGGGAAAACUUUAAAGGAAUUCCGCGGUCAUUCUUCCUUCGUUAAUGAAGCUACUUUUACCCAGGACGGCCACUAUAUUAUCAGUGCAUCCUCUGAUGGCACAGUGAAG